ACACUUGCCAGUACCGAUGAGCACUAUUUACAAUCAGAAAGCCAGCAGGAGAGCACGGCCUCCGUUUUGCUUGCGGCAUUUCUAGUACGAGUUAUGAUGGCAUGUACUUCAUUAUCUGCCCUGUGUAUUGCGACUAUUGCAACUAUUCUUGCAUCAGGGCAGCCAAAGUCUGCAGCAUGGGCAGCGGCAGACUGGUACUGCAUGCGACUUCUUCCUUUGUCAGUAACCUCUGCAGUGACUCCGUGCAUGUUUCCCUGCCUGUGGACAUCAAGCAACGCUCCAGGGCAAAUAAUACUUUUGCACACAGAAGUAGAUGGCACUCCUUGUAAGGUGCCGACCGGAGGUUUGUCUGGAUUCCUGAUUUCCCAAUGCUCGAAUGGACGCUGCAACAUGCCAGGUGUGCUUCGAAGGUCCAAGCGCAUAAAAAGGGAAAUAAUACUACACCGCCAAAGAAGGGGCGCAAUUAAAAAGAAACUGGAGGAAGUGAAAGGGGCCGUGUCUGAAAAGUGGGAACAUGUGAAGGAUAAAUUUAGAGGUAAGAAGGGUAAAAAAGGUGGUGACAAGGAUAAAAAGAAGAAAAGCAAGGACAAGAGCUGAAUAAA